AGUGAGAGAAUAUUAUAUUUGUACAUAGGACGAUAUACAGGAGAAGAAAGGUGUGAACAAAGUGCGCGAAACACGGAGAUUUUUCUGUGAUUUUUUUUUUUUUCCCCCGAGAUUCCUCUCCACUCCGUUCGAGGAGAGCGUUCGUUGAGGAUCAAGAGGAUCGGAUCGCGGAAGCUUUAUCGCGAUCGUGGUGGAUCGGCGAUCGGAGAAUAGAACGAAGGAUCACACCUGUACUGACACUUUUCAAAGUGGCGAAAUCUCGUAAACCAUUCGACAGAUCGGAAAACGAUCGCGUGAGUGAUAUCGUGGAGGUAAACGAAAGGAGCGAAAAAAUAAAGUGUCUCCCCUGAACGACACGAAAGGCGUGAUCGUUCCACACACAGCGUCCCAGAAACAAAAUAAAAAUAGCGGGCAUACUUGUGUGAUGAUUCGUUCCACGACGGAUGAGAAUUCAUGGGUGAACCUUCUACUACUGGUUCCAUAAUCCUGCCCCGCUUCUCGAAAUAUCCAUGUGAAGGUAGAAACGUAGGUCGCGGGUGUAGCGGUUCGUGCUAGAAAGAGGAGAGGCCGAGAUAAGAGGUGGCCGAGGAACGUGGAUGGUUGCCGCCUCAAAUGGAAGAAGCAGCGUUUUCGCUCAGCGUCACCCGUUAUCUGGCCGAUAAAUCAGGGAACUGAAUUAUCGUUCGACAGUGUUGACGGAUCGCGUUUGCCCGCCUCGACUCGGGCAAUCGAUUCACACCCGUUAAGAUCGUUUCGAAGAGAUUCGCUAGGCUGGAUUGUACGCUCGUGAUCAAGCGACAGCAUGGAUGCCCUGGAAUUGCAAGCGGCCCUGGUGAAGCUGGAUCCAGCGACCACGGUGACACCGAUCGGCUCGAACGUGAAAAUGCUGCCCGCCCGUCAUCGUAUCGCGUUCACGGUCGAUUUGGACGAGAACGAUCUGACAUUGGAGAACGCGGCGCAGAACGACGAGAAAGGGACGAGCAACGUGGUCGCCACGGCUAUGGCGGCGGCCGGGAACGCGGCUAGAAAGAUGCACAACAAUUGCCCGGCCCAAUUGACGGUGCCAGGCCAUCAGAAUCAUCCGAACAACAGGCAGAUAGAGGUGGCCAAGUGCGAGAUGGCCGAGGUCAGGUGACGCCAGCCUUGCUUCGACCUAAUCUUUUAUCACACUUAUCCACCGCACAGGGGCAGCAAGCAUCAUGCCAAGCAUCACGCUAAGGAGAAGAGACAUCAUCAUCAUCAUACUAUGCAUCAUCAGCAUCAUA